AUGUUUCCUUUUGUUGACCGAUACAAUGACUGUAUAUUCAAAAAAUUACUUUUAGACAUCCAAAUUAUAUUUUCAUCUAUCAAUUACAAUAUUAUGAAAAUUAUAUAUUUACAGAUGCUAAAUCAAAAACGCUUUUUAUUUUCCUCGUUUUUGCGCCGACCAAUGCAAGGGAAUCGCGACGGCUCGUGGUCACUACGCGCCUCCGCGUACGGUGGAAGCGGCAAUGGAAACGGAGGGUAUCUUCCUCAAACGACUCCUGUAUUUCACAAUUACAUUGUCAAACAACAACAACCCAUCAGAUACAAUUUCCAGACGCAGCAGAAUCUCAAUUUCCCUCAUCCACAAUUUGGCGGCGGCGCUAAUGUAGAACUUAUUCGAAUUGAUAAGGCCGUAAACAAUACGCGUAAAUCAUUAAUUGCUGCUGGAGACAACGUAUCUUCGACUAGAGUUUCGCAAUCGGUUUUAGCACAACUUCAGGCUGACACUUGGCGUUCCUUGGGGAUAUGGAUGCAAGAUGUUCCUUCGCUUCGCCAACUCAUGGCCCUUGAAGGCAAGAUCAUUGCAUUUAUUCACUGCUUCAUUGGCGCUAGAGGAAUCGUGACAUUGCAUGAUUUGGAAGUGGCAAUAUGCCAAAACGAGUUUGUUGGUUGUUUUGAUGAUCUGGGAUUGGGACCUUUGCUGCAGCAUCCACUUGUCUUGCUCUAUUUUCCAUCCGUCUAUUGUUCUACUGCCCCAGUUAAGAUCACUAGUGAGGAGAUAAUAUCAUUACUUGAUAGCUAUCUAAACACUUACGAUAUUGACGAUGUUAAGCUCGAUGAAUUCCUGGAUUUUGUUGCUGAGGCUAAAGCAGUUACAAGCAAGGAAAAGCUUGGUGUCCGUAUUCAGAACUUGCGGAUGUAUGUAUCUUUCAUUCAAGAUGCGAAGAGACAAGAAGGCGAAAUAUUGAAGAUCGUAUUGACUGAACUGCAUCAGAAGUAUCGCAUCCUCUCAUCAAAGAAACAACGGCAAGAUAAGGAUUAUUGUGGCAAGCAUACAAGAUUUAAUUCACCGAGCUCGGAGGAAAAUGAUAGUGCUGAUUAUGAGGUUGAAAAUGUUAAAAGAUCUGACCAUUUCAGUAGUUGUCCGUAUUCAUCUGCUGAAGAAGAGGUUAAGCAGCUUGGGAGCUCCAGUAAGAAAAGGAAGGCUGAAAGUCGUAAUCAUGAAAAAUCUGAUUCUCCCAAGCUGCUUAGAAGAGGCCCCUCUAAGUUGCGUAGAGGACAUGUGAAACAAAAGAUACCUAAAUCGGCAGAUGAUUCUGAUGCGCAGAUUUUCAGUGUCAAUGACGCUGAUUUCACUCUUUCUGAAGGAGCUUUGAAAUUGUUCAUCUCAACUUGGAAGGAAACAUGUAAAGAGCUAAGCAUCUCAGUGUUUGUCAAGAAAUUGUUGUCUUUUUACAACUUGGGGGGAUCCGAAGUACACGGUCAGAUUAAAAUAGCUACAGCUGUGUCCUCAUUUCCAUUUGUUGGAUUACUACAUGUCGCUAAGGAGCUUGUAACAGAGGCUCUUGAAGAACAGAUACCGACUGAAAUCACAAUUACAAACUUGGUUGCUGGAUAUAAUGAUUGUACAGGCACAAGGUCCCGAGCGAAUAUGCCAAACCCGACGAAGAGUUGCUCAACGCCAGUGACUCUUGCUCAUAAUUCCGUCUCAACUGACUUCAGCAUAAGAAAUCAGCUUCAUACCGGCGCACUUUGGGCUGCACAGGCGCAAGAGUCCGGUAAAAAAGGUGAAGAAAUAGCUUACAGAUACUUUGUUGCAAAAUAUGGCAAGAAGGCACUGGUUAAAUGGGUUAAUGAGCAUAGUGAAACCGGAUUACCUUACGACCUUAUCAUCGAAAACAGAGGAGGUAACAAAGAGUACGUAGAGGUGAAAGCAACUGUAUCCACAGGGAAAGACUAUUUCAAUUUGUCAGUGAAGGAAUGGGAGUUUGCCAAUGAGAAAGGAGAGAGUUACGUUAUAGCUCAUGUUUUAUUAGGCAACAGUAAUGCCAUCCUCACACAACAAAGGAAUCUUGUCAAAUUACGCCAAGACGGUCAUCUCCGGUUAUUGAUUCUCAUGCCUAGCCAGCGAAACGAGGGAAUAUUCGAAAAUCAUCCCCAAAAUAAGAACAGACUGAGGAACAAGAUUGAGAUUGGUGAGUUGGCUGUGGCGUCUGGAGUUUUACAAAGCUGUAAACUAAGACAGCUAAAGGAUCAAGUCUGA